GGUUUAGGCGACGCGGGAGAGAGACCCUCCCGCCAAGAGGCGGGGGCUGGACCCGUCGCCGCCUGGGCUCCGCUGCCGGGCCUGCCGGGCCUCCUGCUUCCUUCCUCCCUCUCCUCCUCCUCCUCCCCCUCUUCUCCUCCUCCUCCUCCUUGUCCUCCCCCUCCCCUUCCCGCGCUAUGCCAGGCCCGCGGCCUCCCCGGUUAUCCGGGCCCCUGCUCCUCGCCCUGACAGCCGCCCUGGCCGUGGCCAGCGAGGACUGCCUGUGGUAUCUGGACCAGAACGGCUCGUGGCAUCCUGGCUUCGACUGCGAGUUCUACUCGUUCUGCUGCGGCAACUGCUACCAGCGCUUCUGCUGCCACAACGUGGCCAAGCUCAUCACCGAGAGGCAGCAGAAACACUGCCUGGCCUUCAGCCCUAAGACCAUUGCGGGCAUCGCCUCAGCCGUGAUCCUCUUCAUUGCCAUCAUCUGCACAGUCAUCUGCUGCUUCCUCUGCUCCUGCUGCUAUCUGUAUCGCCGGCGCCAGCAGAUGCACAGCCCCUUCGAAGGCCAGGAGAUCCCCAUGACGGGUUUCCCCGUCCAGCCCAUGUAUCCGUACCAAGCGGAGGACCCCAAAGCCGGCCCCGCGCCCCCCCAGCCAGGAUUCGUGUACCCAGCCGGUGGCCCCCCUGCCCAGUACCCACUGUAUCCAACUGGGCCCCCAGGCUACAACCCAGCAGCUCCUCCACCCUACCUGCCCCCACAGUCCUCUUACCCUGGAGCUUGAGGAGCUGUGACUUCUGAUCCUGUCUUCCUGCCGCCAAACCGAACCGCCACCUGCUCCUCAGAGAAGGGGCUUGGGUUUUGGGGGAAGCCCAUACUGGGAACUGGACUUGGGGUUCUGAGAAGCUGGACCGAACUGCUGGGUUUGGGGGAGGACGAAGGGCAGGGGGGAUGGUCCCAUGGUUAUGGUUGGCUGAGACUGCCCAGUCUAGGGGCGGCUGCCUGGUCAAGGGGAGGCCGGGGAGGGUCUAGGCCAGGGCUGGUCUAUGUGCCACUCACUCUUCCGUCAGCCACCUGGGGCCAAAGCCAGCCAUUUCCCCGAUUAAACUUGUAAAUAUGGGUCCCCUGCCUGGCCUGUGUUACUGCCCCAACCUGUCGGAUGGCCUGGGAGGAGUGGGCAGAAGGAGGAGUGGGAGGCUGCCCACCCAGAAUCACCCACCCCAAGGUCUCCUUGCUCCCCCACUUUUGGAGGGGGGAGGGAUGCCAGCAGAGCUGAUCCAGGGGACUUCCCAUCUGCCCACAUCGGGGAACUCCUGCACUGACCCUUAGACAAGGCAGUUCUAGGUCCUGAGGGGAGGGUCCUGGGUACAAAGGUCACAGUGGCACUGACUUGGAGGCCAGGCACUGGGCCCUAAUGUGGUGGCAUGAUUAGGGUUAGGGGAGCAAGCUUGGAUGCCCAGUGCCCAAGGACAGGACAUGAGAGCCUGGGGCCUUGGACACCACAAUAACAGUGUCCCCCAAAAGGGAGUGGGGCAAUGCCACUGCUCCCCCUCCAGAAGGCGGGUCCCCAAACGUGGAAUUUGGCUUGGCUUUUUGUGGAGGGUGGGACAGAUGGGAUUGGUGAGGGGAGGGGGCUAUGUGAGGAGGGAGCAGGGGAGGCAGCUGGAAUGAGGAGCCCAACAGCUCGGGAUCUGGCCCGUUGUGGUCUUCCAUCCUGGAGUUCUGGAGACCCACUGCUUGAGACUGCAGCCCUUCAUGACCGGAGUUGGUGCCAUGGAUGCAGAGCCAUGAAGCCGGAGCAGGAAACACGGAGUUGGAGUCACAGUGCUGGGGAUGCAGAGCCGGAACCGCGGAGGUGGAACCACGGAGAUGGAGCCAAGGACCCAGAGACACAGAGCCAGAGGCACAGAGCGAGAGCCACGGAGCAGGAACCGUGGAACAGGAGCCACAGGGCUGGGGGCACCCACUUCUCCAUCCCCAUGUAAGGACCCAGGCCUGGCCCUCUCCCUCCCUCCAUCACCCCCUCUCUGCUCCUUGUGGACUCGCUGCCCUCCCGUGGAGUGUGGAUAGCCUUAGUACACAGUACUAAGUACUGCACACAGUAAGCGCUCAAUAAAUAUGA